AUGAUUCAGAACCUGUCCACCGUAGCCAGCUUCAAGAUGGAACCCAGCUGCGAAGACAUCGCCCGAGUUAGUUACACCAACUUCGGGGUCAGCCUUUUCAUCCUCCUCGGCAUCCUCAUCUCCUACCUUCCACAGCACAUUCGCAUCAUCCGCCUGCGAUCCUCGUACGGGUUGUCGCCAUACUUCGUUCUGCUAGGCACCACCAGUGGCACCUGCGCGUUCGCAAACAUCCUCGUAUUGCCCAAGAGCCGUGCUGAUAUCGCUUGCUGCCGUGAAGUCGACGAAUUUGCAUGUCUGGCUGGAUUGCUAGGCAUCGCACAGGUGGGCGUGCAAUGGAGUUGUUUCACCGUCAUCCUCCUGCUCUUCCUCAUCUUCUUCCCUCGUUCCUCACCCCCGCUCGACGAUGAUCAAGAUUCACCACCAAAAGACCCUCUGGCUCCGUCCUAUCGCACCGCGCUGACCGUCACGGCCAUUUCAGUCAUGCACGCCGCGAUCAUUGCGAUUCUGAGUUUCUAUUUCGUCUACGCACGGCCCGAACAUGCGCAAGCCUGGGCGAAUUUCCUCGGAAUCUUCUCCACCGCCCUAGCCUCUAUCCAGUACUUUCCCCAGAUAUAUACCACGUAUACGCUGAGGAGGGUCGGUAGUCUAAGCAUACCUAUGAUGUGCAUACAGACGCCCGGCAGUUUCGUGUGGGCAGGAAGUCUAGCAACCCGCCUAGGAAGUGAAGGAUGGAGCGCGUGGGGAGUAUACCUUGUCACAGGGUGUCUGCAGGGCACCUUGCUGGUGAUGGGAUCUUAUUUUGAAAUUAUGCACCGAAGAAAGGAACGGAAGCAUCUGCAAGCAAGGAUGGCGCAUGAAAAUGCUAGCAUGGACGGCGAAGGUGAACUUCCGGGGUAUUCAGAAGAGACGCCUUUACUCAGAGCCGAAGAUUGA